AUGGUCCAACACUAUGAUCAAAACUUGUCUGACAUCAUCUCCAAACUUGGACUGGAUAACUAUUAUCCCAGCAAGCUCAGCCUUCAGUCUUUGCUGGAGAUCAACAAGGACAGCAUAUAUGGUCAACACAUCAAGUGGUCCACUAUCGAGGAACAAAACGAAGAAAAUAUUUUUUUGGAACUGAACCGACUCACAUUAGAUGAGAAUGACAAUAAGGUUAAUGUUCUUGACCUUAUAGUAGCCCUUUACCUUUGUGCAUACAGCUUCUUGCAGCAAGAAAUAUCUCUGAGAAUGUCAAUGUGUCAGUUUUCUGUCCCGCUGUUGUUGCCUCACAGCAAGAACAGUCAGUGCUGCCUGAUGAUUUGGGCUCUGAGUAGCAUUGUUAAAGAGUGGUGUCCUCAUAGUUUGUCUGAAUCAAAAGGUUUUGUUGAGAAAAUCCUUCUACAAGCAAAUUUUCCUAUUUUUUCUUUUGUAAGACUAAAAAACAGCACUUUAUCAAAAUCCCAGAUGCUAAAUCACGUCCUUAGUCGUGGUCAACAAAACCACAAUAUCUUUAUCCACAGAGAUAUGGAGGGAGGAGCAAUUAAAAGAGAAAUAUCAAAUGGACUGGUAGAGAUUACCUGGUAUCUUCCCAGUGGGAAAGAAAAUCUUGACAUUUUUCCAGAGCCAGUUGCCUUUGCUAAUCUGAGAGGAGACAUCACUGAGUCACUUGCACAGUUCAGUUUUCUUGCACAAGUUUAAACAUCUAUCUUUGUGUUUCUGGACAAGGUAGAGGAAAAAGAGCAGGAAACUUUGAAUUCUCUGAACGAUUUAAGUGGAAAACUGUUCUUGGUUUUUAAUGCCAUAGAGGACAAAGACAAAGAAGGCAAACUGUCUGUCAAAAAAACUAUUGAAAGACUAGGCCUACCAUUUAAAAGGGUAAUUAUCAAAAACAAAGGGCUUAAUGGAGUAGAGUUUGCAAAGAAACUUAGUGGAACUGCCAAGACCUCUUUGGAGAAUAUAUCAGUCACAGUUGAUACAAAAACUAUGAAAGAAAAAGCUCUUGAACUUGGUCUGAUGGUGGAUGAAUACAGAAGUGACAAGCAAAGAAUGGCGGCUGACGAGAUCAUAAAAGGAAUAACACAACAAAGUAUCCCUGAGUACAAGAAGACGCAAAUACCUUUGCAAGGGGAAAAUUGGAAAAAAAUAUCAAAGUUAGAGAAGGAGCUCUGUAGACCGGGCCAAUGUGAUGACAAUGAAGAUUAUAUCUCUAGACUACACGAAGAAGAAAAACAAACUGAAAAAGAACAAGCAAAAUGCAGAUUAUCAAAAGGAAUCCAGUGUUUCAUUGAUAACAUCUCCACAAGUGACAAAGAAAAACGAGAUUUCUUCUUGAAAUGGUUGAAACUGAAGCUUGACACACACUCACGAGAACAACUCUCUGAUCUAAGAAACAAAUUCAAGGGGGAAUUAAAGACAAAAGAUGCAGAAUGCAUUAAAAAGUUGGAUCAAGCUCUGAUGGAGAGCUCUUUGGGAAUCGAGCAUUAUAUGAGAGAGAUCGGACUCAUUUAUGAGUUUAUGCCGAAAAACACAUCCCAUCUCCCUCGUAUAGCUGCUGAAAUGGUGAUGGAUGGACAUCCUCUAGAGCUUCUAGAUGGUGAUGCUUCCAACAUCCCAGAAAAGUGGGUGUCAGCUGUACUGAAUGAGGUCCAUAACAAAGUUGGAAAAAGGAGCAAAUUGUUGGUGUUAACUGUUUUGGGUGUUCAAAGUUCUGGAAAGUCAACCCUCCUCAACACCAUGUUUGGUGUUCAGUUUCCAGUCAGCAGUGGCAGAUGUACAAGAGGAGCCUACAUGAUCUUACUUAAAGUUGAAGAAGAUUAUAGAAAUGAGCUGAAUUAUGAUUUCAUAGUCCUCAUUGAUACAGAAGGUCUAAAGUCUCCUCAAAUGGCUCAAAUUGAAGACAGUUACGAACAUGACAACCAGCUGGCAACCUUUGUCAUCGGUUUAAGUGACAUCGCCAUCAUCAAUACAGCAAUGGAAAAUGUAACUGAAAUGAAAGAUAUUUUGCAAAUAGCAGUUCAUGCAUUCUUGAGAAUGAAGCACAUUGGGAAAAAGCCUGUUUGUCAUUUUGUUCACCAAAAUGUUGCUGGAGUUUCAGCUCAUUCUAAAUGCAUGACUGAAAGAAAACACCUCCUUGACCAGCUGAAUGAAAUGACCCAAAUUGCAUCUGAAAAGGAAAAACAACCAACUACUAAAAAGUUCACAGAUGUCCUGGAUUAUGAUGUGGAGAAAAACAACUGGAAAAUUCCAGGACUCUGGCACGGCACUCCACCAAUGGCUCCAGUCAACACUGGUUACAGUGAAGCUGUUGCUGAUUUCAAGAAAAAUCUUUUGGAGACCAUAAAGAGCAACAAAAACAGUGAACCCACUGAAAUCCCGGAUUUUCUAGAAUGGAUGAGAAGUCUGUGGAAGACAGUUAAAUAUGAAAACUUCAUCUUUAACUUCAGAAACACACUUGUGGCUCAGGCUUAUGACAAUCUGUGUAAAGCCUUUAAUGACUGGGAUUGGUAAUUCAGAAAAGAGAUCACGUCUUGGCAGAACAAAACAGAAAUGGAAAUAUUAAACACUGACAAUGAUUCCCAACUGGAAUGUUGGAAUAAACAAGUCUCAGAAAAAAAGAAAGAACUGUCUAAAAAGAUACAAAUAGAGCAAUGAAGAUGACAGAAAAACUCUAUGAGUACUACAAGAGGAAUGACAGACGUGUCAAUCUGAUAGAGAAAUACAAAGUGGACUUUCUGAACAGUAUUAAAGGCCUUGCCAAUGAAAUUCAACAGGCAGUAAGAACUAAAUUGGACUCUGUCCUUGAACUAAAAAAAGCUAGGAAGGCAGCUGAAGAAAUACAGAGAAAACACAGAGUCCUGAUUGAAAACAAUGUCAUGGAGCUACUAAAUGUUUUCAAAAUGUCAAACCUGUCCGAUGAUCAGCUAAAAAAAGAGUUUGAGAAGAUGUGGUCAAAAGCUACAGCAAACGUGUCUGGCUUAGAAGAACGAGACAUUGUUGGAUGUGUCCUGAAACAGCUGAAGAAACAUUUUGCUAAUCUAAGUGUCUAUGAGGAAUUACAGAGUGUGGACUUGAAAAAAC